AUGCAGAGUACUGUACACGAUCUUGGCACCUUAUGCAUCAACAUGGCGGCUGGAAAUGCCAUGGUGUGCACGGCAAUACGAUCACCGCUAAUCAUCAACGGAUUAUUUAUGGUAUUUGGAGCCAUUCCUCGGUCCGCACCACUGUGGAUACGACGACGAGCAGCCAAGAUUUAUCACUUUGGUGGCGUCCACAAAGGCACCGGUAUUGCCAGCUGCGUCUGGAUGGUGGUAUUCGUUAUCCUGUUCUCCUUCGUACUCUUGUCGCCCACGGGACCACGAAAUAGGGUGCUACCAGCAGCCAUCUUUACCACCUCGAUAUCAAUCACAUUUGUUCUGAUAGUGGUCGCCACUGUAGCCCACCCAUACAUUCGCCGCAGAUACCAUGAUAUCUUCGAACUCACUCACAGGUUUGGUGGUUGGGUCGCGCUGGUACUCCUCUGGGUUGCGCUCCUUCUCCAGGCACAGAAUGAGGUUGUCCAGGGAUCUGCUUCGUCAAUGUGCAUCUAUCUCCUAACCUUUCCGACCUUUUGGUUCUUGCUUGUCGCCACAGUCGCGGCCAUUUGGCCUUGGACGAUGCUGCGCCACGUCGAGGUCAAAUCAGAAAAACUCUCAAGUCAUGCAACACGACUCCAUUUUCGACACUGUGAAACAGCCUGGGGAAGAGGGUUAUCUCUUGCGAGGCACCCUCUCAGGGACUGGCACAGCUUUGCGAGUUUUACCGAUCGAUUUGACGAGCCCGGGUACAACUUCUCUUGCCUCGUCUCAAAUGCAGGCGAUUGGACAAAAUCAGUAAUCCAUGAUGAGCCGACGAGGCUGUGGGUCCGAGCCGUACCUGUACAUGGAGUUGCAUACGCGAUGAAGCUCUUCAAGAGAAUACUGGUCGUCACCACUGGCUCCGGAAUAGGCCCUUGCUUAUCUUUCAUUGGCUAUGAUCAAAUGCCUGCAAUGCGUGUCGUUUGGCAAACCCGCAGCCCUCUUCAGACCUAUGGAAAACGCACACUCGAUCUUGUCCGGCGGUUGGAUGCGAAUCCUAUCAUACUGGACACAAAUGUAUACGGAAGGGUGGACAUGCUAGCUAUGGUUCGUGAAAUGGCUGGGGAGUUCCAAGCAGAGGCUGUGAUCGUUAUUAGCAACCCCGGGGUAACAAAGAGGCUUGUAUAUAAUUUAGAGCUAAUAGGAAUUCCUGCUUUUGGACCCAUAUUCGAUAGUUAA